CACAAUGAAAAGACGCUGAGAAAAUCGCUCGGAAUUGAAAAUAAAUUGAAGGUCCAUAUAAACAUUUCGGUUGAUUCUUUUUGGAUGCACGCAUAAAUCUUCUGUCCACAAACAACAGAACAUAAAUAACUUACACACAUAAAAAACAACACAGAAACACACAAAUUAAAACGAGUGAAUGCGAACAACACCCCCAAACAUAGAGCCGCAACGAUGAGCGAUAACUCCCCCUCUGUGCCCUUGGCGGACUUCAUAGAACCGCCCAAUCCCACUGAAGACGAACCAUUUGUGCCCCUGGCUGCGCCCAGCAAAAUGAACGAAACGCCAGUGGCAGCGUCUGCCACGCCUGCCAGCACACCCACCAGCAAUGGCACGCCCACGCAGGCAGCAGCACCUGUGGCGGCUCCAGCUGCAGUAGCGACUGCAACCACCAGUGUGGCACCCAGCAGCAGCAGCAGCAGCGAGAACAGCAUCUUCUCCAUACUCUAUACGGUGGGCAAGAAGGUGACCAUUGUGGGCUCCAUUUAUCUGGUGGGCUACAUGGGCUGGUCGGUGGCAUGGCUGAUAGCGCCCGUCAUACUGUCCGUGGCGCGGGAUCAGCUGGGCAAGACCUCGGCCAAGAAGCGGGACAUAGCCAAGGCCUCGGCGCUGGCGUGCGAAAAGGAUGUGAUUCUGGCGCGCAUUGACGAGCUGCCCGCUUGGGUGUACUUUCCCGACGUAGAGCGUUGCGAGUGGCUGAAUAAGAUCCUAAAACAAGUCUGGCCCAAUGCCAAUCAUUUUGCACGCACUUUGGUCAAGGAAACCAUCGAACCGAAUGUGGCUUUGGCUUUGUCCAACUACAAGAUGAACGGCUUUCGCUUUGAUCGCAUUAUCCUGGGCACCAUUCCACCGCGCAUUGGCGGUGUGAAGAUCUACGACAAGAAUGUGGAUCGCAACGAGAUCAUCAUGGAUCUGGAUCUGUUUUAUGCCAGCGAUUGCGACAUCAAUUUUUACUUGGGUGGCAUGAAGGGCGGCAUCAAAGACUUCCAGAUCCAUGGUUGGGUGCGUGUCGUCAUGAAGCCACUGAUCCGUUCGAUGCCACUGGUGGGGGGACUGCAGAUAUUCUUUCUAAACAAUCCAAAUAUUGACUUCAAUCUGGUGGGUGUCAUUGAUUUCAUGGACAUGCCCGGCCUCAGCGAUUUGCUGAGAAGAAUUAUUGUGGAGCAAAUUGGCGCCGUGAUGGUGUUGCCCAACAAGCUGCCAAUUUCGCUGAGCGAAGAGGUGUCCGCGGUGGCGCUGAAGAUGCCAGAACCAGAGGGCAUUCUGCGCAUUCAUGUGGUGGAGGCCAAGGACCUUAUGAAAAAAGACAUCAGCAUGUUGGGCAAGGGCAAAUCGGAUCCCUAUGCCAUCAUCAAUGUGGGCGCCCAGGAGUUCAAGACGCAAAUCAUUGACAACAAUGUGAAUCCCAAGUGGGAUUACUGGUGUGAGGCGGUUAUUUUUACCACCAUAGGCCACUUAAUUGGGUUUUCUUUGUGGGACUAUGAUCAGACAAUGCCAGGUGUACAAAACGAUGAUGUAUUGGGCAGAGCCAGCAUCGAUAUAGCCAGCGUGAUCAAGAAAGGCGUUGUGGAUAGCUGGCUGACCCUAGAGGAUGCCAAGCACGGGCUGCUGCAUGUGCGCCUGCAGUGGUACAAACUCACAGCGGAUCCGAAUGAUUUGCAGCAGAUUCUGCUGGAAACGCAGCUGCUGCGCGUUACCUCCAUGAGUUCGGCGGUGCUCAGCGUUUUCAUUGACUCGGCCAGGCAUCUGAAGCAAGCUCGCUCCAGCUCCAAGCCCGAUCCCUACCUCGUGUGCAGCCUCAACAAGCAGAAACAGCAAACGGCCAUGAUCAUGCGCGAUGAUUCGCCCGUGUGGGAGCAGGGCUUCACCUUUCUGGUCAGCAAUCCCGACAAUGAGAGUCUGAACAUUAAGAUCUAUGACCAGAAGACAGGCAACGAUAUCGGACAGUACACUUACACGCUGAGCACGCUGCUCAAGCAGUUCAACAUGGAGGUCAUCCAACAGCCCUUCCAACUGCAAAAAUCUGGACCCGAAUCGAAGCUUUAUAUGUCGCUGUCGCUGCGAAUAUUGAAGCCAGGGGAAAUCGACAAGGAAUCGGAUGCGCUGGAGCAAGUGGCGGCACUGACACGCAGCAGCUCUGUGAAGACGCCCGAUUUGACAGUGGUGGCACCACCAGCGUUUAAGGAUCCCAGCCAAGCGCCCAACAAACGUCAGUCCACCGAGUCACCCAUCAGUGAGGAGGAGCUGGCAGUGCCGUUGAAAAUCUCACCAGCCAUGUCUGCCUCCACAUCCAGCGAGAAGCCAAUUAGCGAGCUGGCCGCCUCCGUGUUGACUCAUCGCUUUCCCGACACAAGCUCCACGGCGGGCGAACACGGCCUCGGACGCAUACAAAUGUCCAUACGGUACAGUGCCCAGCGCCAGAAGCUCGAUGUGACGUUACACAAGAUCGUGAAGAUUCCGCUGCGUGACCCGAGCAACAUCCCCGAUCCGUAUGUUAAGUUGUAUUUGCUGCCUGGGCGCACCAAGGAGUCCAAACGCAAGACGGGCGUGAUCAAGGAUAACUGUAAUCCGGUUUACGAUGCCUCAUUCGAGUACCUGAUUUCGAUAGCGGAGCUCAGGCAGACGGAGCUGGAGGUGACGGUGUGCACACAGAAGGGUUUUCUGUCCGGCGGCAGUCCCAUUAUUGGCAUGUUGAAAAUACCUCUGGACGACAGUGAGAUUACGACACCAGCGGGUCUGAACACUUGGUUUGACUUGCAGCCGGAAAUGCGACACGAAUGAAACCGAGAGUGUCACAUCACAAAACAGCACCAAUCAAUCAAUCAAUCAAAAACUCAACAAGAACUAAAUCACUUUUUUACCAAUCGCACUUGACGCCUUUUGUAUUUGUUGUGUACCCAUAAUUUCUGUGUAUAACUUUGGUCAAUGGUCCCUGGUGGUCGGUGUCCCUGGAACCACUUAAACCAAACCGAAACCAAACAAAAAAUCUCUUAGUCGUGCCUCUAUAUUUAUAACUAUCAACUUAUUGUAGUCAAAUAAAUCGAACUGUGUUUUCAACAAAGCA